AUGGACGGCGUAAAGGUGCAGUGUAAGCAUGAGAAAGCCAACACCAAAAGACGCCUCAAAGCAUUGAAAAAGAAGAUCGACAGUUUACAAUCAGGCAUCAACAGCGCAAAAAUCAUCAUUGAACGAGCGGAAGAUCCACACAGAAGAUUUGCAUCAACAUCGGAUGCUUGCGUGCAGAACGUGCGAGCAGAACUUGCUAUUUUGCUUUCUGAGAAAGAACCCCUUGACCGUGAGUACGGCAAGAAUCUUCGUCUACACAUGGGUGCCGGCGUCCUCCCGAAACUGAUUGAAAGAUACCUCAGUACGAAGAAACCCAAAGGUCCAGCUCAGUGGGCCUUUCGCAAAGCUAUUGAAUUAGUGGGUCCUAAAUUCAAUCCACAAUUUGGAGGAAUGGAUUUGUCACAUGCUCGGGGAUUGUUGAUGCUCGAGAAAUUUUCUGAGAUCACCAAAAUGGUUGGUGGCGGUGGAUACAGACCGGGUGAGGAAAAGCAUCAGAUGGUUGCGCAAGCAAUGGGGGAAUCACAAGAGAUAACCACGCCUAUGUUCACGAUGAACACGCUCCUCAAGUCGCAACAAAAAUGGGACGAAGAUAAGAUUGAUGAGCUGAAACGGAAUUGUUUUAUGAUGUUCUUCAAAUGGCUGAAAUAUUUCCCCAAACAGGGUGUGUUUCCAAAACUGCAUGAUGUGGCAUGGCACAUUCCUCAGUUCGUCACUCGGAACUGGAUGUAUGGAAUAUUGUCAGAAGAAUCGAUGGAGAGUCGUCAUCAAGAGCACAAGAAAUUGCUUUCAAUUUUGAGUUUCAUGCCAAAUACGAAGCUUCGAAAUGAUGUGUUCACAAGCCGCCUUCAAGUCUAUCAGCUUCCAGAAUUUGAAAAGGAAAAGGCAACACUGAUUGCAAAAACCACUAAGAAGAAGCGAGGCAAGUACAACAUCAAGCCAAAGAAUAAUUCUUUGCCCAUUUCGCAAACUGAAUUGAUUCUGGAUGGCGUGAACAUUCGCAUCAACAAAGACAUGUCCAUCGAACCGAGUUGGCUUGAAGUCUACAAUAUGGUUGCCCGUGGCAUAGUUCCGAGCUCCUGGGAAAAAAUAUUUAGCGAGAGAGACGAUAUCGAUGACAGACAGAAAAUGAAGGCUUUAUACUCUUCCCAGACUUGUAGAUAA